AUGGCCGCCAUUUCUAUCCAUCCCUUCCAACCCCUCAUUAUUUCUACUCUCCUCUACUUCUUCCUUGGCCUCCUCAUCAACAACCCAACAGGUUGUGAGGCUGAGAACAUCUUGUAUGGCAACGAAUCUCUCAAUAAUGGCGAAUCACUCGAAUAUGAUAACUAUAGAUUUAAAAUUCAAGAAGACUGCAACUUGGUUCUCUACCAGGGUGAUUCAGCAAUAUGGGCUUCUAACACUGAUGGAAAGGGCCAAAAUUGCUAUUGUCGGAUGCAAUCGGAUGGGAAUCUUGUCAUCUAUGAACCUGGUGAUCCCGAUCGAGCAGUCUGGGCCAGCAACACUGAUCGUGACAGUGGCAACUAUGUUCUUAUACUUCAGAAAGAUGGCAAUGUGGUUAUCUACGGCAGUGCAAUUUGGGCUACUGGCACCUCGGCACAAUUUGGUACAAUGAAUUGGUUGGGGAUAAUUGGAUCAGAUGAGCCAAAACGUAACAUUAGCAAAAAUUAG